UGUCCUCUCAAUCCCCAAAAAAAGCUUAAGUGUCCUCCACUAUCAAUUUUCGUACACAUUUUCAGGAACUUACACCUACGUGUUAGUCUUUGAAAAUUUUCCAUAACGUGUUUCUACAUUGUUCAUUUGCAUGCAAUUCACAACAUUUUUAAGUCACGGGUUCCUCUUUAACUAUUUACCUAUAAAUUCCCCAUGAUUUAUAUUUCUAUGUCUCAAGGAAGAUUGUAUGCCCUAGCUAAUUAAAAUUAAAUAUCAUGGGAGAAACAAAAUUUAUAGCUUUGUUUUUUAUCUACAUGUUUUGCAUGGUUAUCUCAUUGCCACCCAUUUAUGCUUGUGGAUAUUGUGACAAACCUCACCACCCUCCUUCUAAGCCUUCUCCUCGUCCUCCUUCUCAUCAUGGCGGUAAGCCGCCGUCUCAUCAUGGUGGAGGUAAAGGAAAGGGACCGCCUCAUCAUGGUGGUAUGCCACCUGUGGUUGUCGUGCCUCCUAUAGUAAUGCCACCAAUAAUUGUUCCGACCCCUCCGGUGAUAACACCUCCUCCGGUGAUAGUUACUCCUCCUUAUGUCCCUAGUCCUCCUGGAGCUCCAGGUGCACCGGGUGCUCCUGGUUCACCAGGAACACCUGGUACUCCAGGAACACCUGGUUCCCCAGGUGGUAGUCAUGGCGGAGGAGGUUACACUCCGCCAGGGAAAGGUGGUGGUGGUAGUCAUGGCGGAGGAGGAUACUAUCCUCCUCCGAAAGGUGGUGGGGGCGGUCCGCCUGGAGGAGGGAUAAUAACCCCACCACCAAUUACACCAAUAAAAACAUGUCCAAUUGAUGCCCUAAAACUAGGGUUAUGCUUAGAUGUGCUAGGAGGAUUGGUGCAUAUAGGGUUAGGAGAUCCAGUGAAGAAUGUAUGUUGUCCUGUACUUCAAGGGUUGCUUGAGUUAGAAGCAGCAUUAUGUCUUUGCACAGCAAUAAGGCUAAAGCUUCUUAACUUGAAUAUAUAUAUUCCCUUAGCUCUCACUGUUCUUGCUACUUGUGGCUUGACCCCACCUCCUGGUUUUGUUUGUCCUCCAAUCUCUUAAUCAUUUUAGUUGAAAUCUUAAGAUAAUUGUGUAUUAUCAAUGUUGGGUUAUGAUCAUCUCCUAACGAGGGAGAAAAAAGUGUGCUUAGACAUUAUUGUACCUUUUUUAUGUUGUGGAAUUUGUUAAUGUUAACUACUAGUGGUUCUUAGUUGCUUGUAGCAACUUGUGCUUUUAUCAAAUUAGUUAUUAGUUCAUGGCUAAGGAUGUGGAUGUCGGAAGUUUUUUUUUUUUUUUUUCUAAUUUUUUUUAAUAUUAUUUUAUGCA